ACAAAGAGGUAAAUUGUAUAUUUGUCCCAGUAGAGCACGCAACCAUCAAUCAAAACAUGGAUGCAUUAUUAUUUUUUGUGGGUCUAAGCAAUAAAUUGAGAUGAGAAUAAGCUUAGGUAAAGAAGAGUGAAUGGCUGGUAGGCUACCUGGUGUUGGAUUGUCACCAAGGAAAAGAUCAGAACAUUAUCACAACAGACAUGAACAUUAUGCUACCUACAGAGACUCUUACCUAAAGGAAUCAUUGGAUGCACCAUGGACUUCAAUGACUACUACCUUAGAUGAAACUGCUUUCAAAGCCAAACAACGCCUACAGAAGAAACUUGGUCACUUCUUUUCCUCUUCAAGGAAUCAAACUUGGAAUGUCCCGAACUAUUCAUGGUCAAGUGAACACAAUCCCAAAAAAGAAGGAAAAGAAUUCCAAAAGAAAGAUGCAGGAUUAGGUAGGAAGUUACUAGAAAGUUCAUGGUUAUUACGUGGCAACAAAUUUAAGAAAGAGAGAAAAAUUUGUGCUGUGUGCUUAGAAGAUUUUCAGCAGGAUGAAGAGGUUAUGAAUCUUUCUUGCUCACAUAAGUAUCAUUCAGCAUGUCUUCUCCCUUGGCUUGAAACACAUCCUCAUUGUCCUUAUUGUAGAACUAUUGUUGAGCCUUGAUGAUAUUUAUUUGUUUAAGGGUUUGCAAAUUCGCUUGUUAUUGAGAUAAUUAAAACAGGGUUCUCUGUUUCUUGCUUUCUUUUUCAUCGUUCAUGUUUUGCACAUUGGUCAUGUAUAAUUUAUGAGCAGAGUGGUGAGUGUUACUUUGUAGUUAGAAGGGAAAAAUAUCUAACUCGCAAAAUAUUCAUUUAAGCAAGUUACUAAUUAUCGUGUA